UUGACAUCGAGCUGCGAAAACAGGUGUACGUGCCGCUUCAAUCGAUAUCGGUGUUUUGCUUAAACCGCAUGCCUACGUCACAUGAACACAUAAAUAGUGUCGCUGUUCGAUAUGUAAUUAUUGAGUGACCACUACCCGUUGAGGCCGGAAUUGUAAAAAAUUAUGUUUUGAGUGCUACAACUGCAUUACAAUGGCCUGGACACUACACUUGCUCCUUGGGAUAGCUAUCAUAUCAGCAUCUGCCUACAAAUGCAAGCACGCUUUACAAGCGAACGCUCAACUGCCACUGACACGCACUCAAAAUGGAACUAAAGUUGUAAACUUACAAAGUAGAACAGGUGAAAGUAACGACCAAAUCGUAUUUCCAGGUCUAACUUCCGGCGACUUAGAAUUGGAAAUACCUGAUCAUUGCAAGAAGAUCGGUAUAUGUGACGAUGUUCCUAACUACCCAACAGAAGAAGUGGAAAAAAUUAUCGCAGAGACUCCAGAGUUAACGAAAGAAACUGACAACCUAGACUUGCCUGAUGUUCCGGACAUCGCCCAAAGAGUAGGACCCAUGGAAGACAAUAUCGAGCUGUGCAAUAUUCAAGAAAAGGUUGUAUACCCGAAAGCCGCGGUAGACGCGUCUGGCAAUUGGCAUGUGGUGCUCAAUAAAGAAGAAGACCCUAUUCAGGGUUUCAGAGUUGAGAUUUGCGAUACCGACGGUGAUCCGUGUUUAGGAUUUGCUUAUUUCGCAAAGGGAUACGAGGCCCGGUGCAAACAAAAGUAUGUGUAUCGCAACAUGCACGUGCUUAGCAAUGGUGGAAAAGUGGAGAAAAAACUUAAAGUGCCCAGUUGUUGCGCUUGUGUCGCCAGACAAGUUUUGACAUAAACCAAUACUUAAACCAUAACUAAUUUAUAUUAGAAUGAGGACCGAAGAACUUUGUUUAGACCAAUUCUGCAUAUAGAACGAAACCCACUAUAAAUAUUAUAUCUCGUGUACAACAAUUCCUUGGCUGUUGUGAGUUAUUUGUAAAUGUUAUCAUGUAGAACUUAUGUUGGACUUGAAAUGUGUUAUAAUAAGUCUUAAUGUCAGUUACUAACAUUAUUUACUUUAGCUGAAUUAUGUAAAUCAUUUGUUAUUAAAUGAAUGAUAGAUGCCAACUGUUGUACAUAUAAUGUAGAGGCAGUUAUUGUUGGCAAUAUUGAAUGUACAUAUUUGUAUCAUAAAGAGAAUUAUUAGAAGAUCUUACAACAACACAACUUCCUAACUGAUUAUUAUGCAGCAUCAUUAUAUACUUGCUAUGAUGUAUAGCAUUUUAACUAUUUAUAUUUUGCGUAUACAAUUGAGUAAAUAAAUAUAUCUGGUCCACAUCAUUUUUACAAAUUGCAGUCUCAAAAUAUCAGUUUUGAAAGCGAAUGAAGACUUAGGUCCGAAACUAAACAUGGCUAAGAGGCUAUUUAAUAAGUCAUUUCAUAAAAGUACUUUUAUGUAUGGGAAUAAAACAAUAAUAAUAAAAAAUAUGGGAUGCAAAAAAAAAGUAUCUCGACUGUUACUGUGUCGGUUACGGCCAAUGGUCUAAUAGCCAAGAGCCCUAAUGGGGCUCUCGUUAAGCGGCUGGAUCAAGGAGCUGAUUCAGAAGAAAUUACUCCUUGAUGCGGCGCGUAUCGCGAGGUUUCUGUCUCUGGACCCUAACCACCGGUACCUUUGACCCUGUGCCCGAUAUCGGCGGCCACCUAUUUUUUAUAUUUUUAAAUGUUUUCUUUAUAUAAUAUAUAUAAUAUUUAAAAAUGUAAUGAAUAUGUUUAUAAAUGAAUAAACGAGAUUAUAAAAAAAAUAUGGGUUGCUUUAAAUAUAUAACAUUAUUUCAAUAUAAAUAUCUGUAUGUGACAGCAAUUAAGUGAAUAAAAAAUAUAAUUCAAACACACAUUGCUGAACGCCCGAUGUCAUACAUAAAAAGUACCAACAUAACAUAGGUACAUUUUGUACAAUAUUGGAGUUUACAGUAAAGGAAAUUUUGGUAGCAAUGUAAGUGACACGACAUAUUAAACUUGUGACAAAAUUAUACAGAUAACGAGCAUUAUUUUGUUUAUAUUACCAUGAUACUUAAUAGUUGUCAAUCUAAAAAUACUUGGAUCUAUUAUACACCUGUGAAAUAUCGAUAACCUACCGAUAGUCAUUUCUAAGAAUAAACAUUGUCUAGAUAAAAAUAAAAAAUAAACGAAUAUCAAUUAAAA